AAGUAUAUAUGUCUAACUACACACGUCAGUUAAAAAAACGGACCUUCUACGCACGCCACCCCCUUUCCCACGUGCAUCUCUGUUUUCCGAUUCGAUUCUGUCGUCCACGUGUCUUCCUUCCUCCUUCCAUUGAUACAUACACUACAUAAUAUAUCUAUCUAUAUUCAUUCAUUCAUUCAUCCUCUUUCCUAAUUCCUAUAUCUAUCACCUCCUCACUACAUAUUAUUUUGGUCACAUCAAAUUUAAUAAAAUAACAAUAAUCUAAAUAUAUUUCCAUUUAUUAUGCAAAUGGAAAUUGAACCAAGCUACGGUUUCAUGAACCGUAACUUUAGUAACAUAAGUAUUAGCAACGACGAUUCAACCGCUUUUAGCGAUUGUAAUAGCGACCGAUCGGGAGAAUUCGUUGCUAGCUCGGUCAAGAGCAAGCGACUAUUGGUCGCUUGCACGACCGAGAAAUCAGAUGAUUUAAUAAAACAACUUGUGGCUGAUCUAGAAUCAGAUGAUAUUGAUGAUCAGAAACAAGCGGCCAUGGAGCUCCGGCUGCUUGCUAAAAACAAACCCGAGAAUCGGGUUAAGAUUGCAAGAGCCGGAGCUAUCAGGCCGCUUAUUUUACUCAUCAGCUCAUCUGAUUCUGAGUUACAAGAACAUGGGGUCACAGCGAUAUUAAAUUUAUCGCUGUGUGAUGAAAAUAAAGAAAUUUUAGCGAGUUCUGGCGCGAUCCGACCGUUGGUUAAGGCCUUAAAAUACGGAACAUCAACCUCUAAAGAGAACGCCGCGUGUGCUUUGCUUAGAUUAUCGCAAGUUGAAGAAAACAAAUCGUUGAUCGGACGGUCAGGAGCGAUUCCGUUACUAGUGGAUUUAUUAGAGACGGGGAACUUUAGAGGGAAAAAAGAUGCUUCCACUGCUUUAUAUUCGUUAUGUUCGGUUAAAGAAAAUAAAAUUAGAGCGGUUGAGGCUGGAAUUAUGAAGCCUUUGGUGGAAUUGAUGGCGGAUUUUGAUUCAAAUAUGGUGGAUAAAUCGGCAUUUGUUAUGAGUGUAUUGGUUUCAUUGGUAGAAGCUAGGAGUGCGUUGGUGGAUGAAGGAGGAAUUCCGGUUUUGGUAGAGAUAAUUGAGAUUGGAUCACAACGGCAAAAAGAGAUUGCUGUUGUGAUCUUGUUGCAGAUUUGUGUUGAUAGUGUGGUGUACCGUACUAUGGUCGCUCGGGAAGGAGCCAUUCCACCCCUGGUCGCUUUGUCCCAGUCCGGGACAAAACGCGCUAAACAAAAGGCAGAAACACUGAUUGAACUUCUUCGACGACCAAGAUCCGGCAAUGCCUCAACAAGUUCUGAUUCGUCAGAUUGAGAUAUGGAUUCCCCGUCACCAUAGUGCCAACAACAUUAUAACAAAAACAGCUUUUAUAAAAAAAUAUUUUUUUUUCUUCAAAAAAAAAAAGAGGAUUAUCGUUUUGGAAUGUGUAAAUAUUUGAUGUUUGCCUCUACUUAUGUAAAUUGGUGAAUGAAAUACAUAUUUUUUACUA